GCCCUUGUGGGUGAGGGUCAGAGCAGAUCCAGUCAGGGUGGCAGUGUGGUCAGAGGUAAAUGCCUGCAGUCAGGCUGAAGAAGCAGACAGUCUUGUGGAAGCCACUGGACUAAGAUGAAUUCAAUGACCCCAUGUCACCCUGGGGGCCUUAAAUCACUCAGACUGUCACAGAAAAGGGACACUGCAGGGUGCAAACAUUCCCGAGGUUUCUAUGGGUUCUUGGAGGCAUCUUCUGUGCACAGCUGCCAGAUGGGCCGACCUAGGUGAUGUUCACCAGGAUCUGGGACUUGCAAACAGGAAAACCCGUGUCUUGACACUCCUCCUACAAAAUGCGUGUCAUAGUCCAGCUGCUUUUCAGCACAGGGAAAGAGAUGAGGUUUUGGGGCCCAGCCCUACAUCCAGCACUGCACAGGCCCACUCACUCAUAGACCCUGGGAGGCCUGCAGCCCUGGAGAGUAUUGGCAGACAGACUUUAGCAAACUGCCUAGAAAAUGGGGAGGAACACAGCAGUGACUUCUCCAGCGCUCUACUUGCUUUAUUCUGUGGCCUUUGUCAGAAUUUGGAGAUGUUCCUGGUGGAUGGGCCAGGAACCGCUAGGAAUGAACUGGGCAGAAGGGAGGUGACUGUUUCUCAGGACAAGAAGGGAAAUCUCUCGUCUCUCUCCUGAGCUGUGCUGUCUCCAUGCUGCUGACGUCAUAAGGCUUAUUAUGACACGUGAUGAUGUCACAGAAGGAUGUCCUGCAUCACCAGGAUAUAAGCAUUGGUGCAGCGGCAGUGCCGGCACUUCCCUGCAAGGCCUGGUCCCUGCUGGGCACUGCUUGGGUGCUCCCCAGCGCUGUCCUUCUGCGGCCAGGAGUGGGGUCAGCAGGCAGCAAGCUUGCACUGGGCGACCCUCGCUGACGGGCGGAGGAGCAGGGGCACCUUGCAGAGGAGCUGUGGUUGAGGAGCCAGGGCGGGCAUCCCUUGUCCUGAGCUGAGGGCCAGCAGCAAGCGAGAUGGAGGGCUGCUGGAGGGUGACCAUCGCCUCUGAUAUGGUUUCCCAGUUCCCAGUGCUCCUGAAUCUCUCCCCCAAAGAGACUGAGGCUAUCUGGGAUGCUGUAUCCGAGCAAAUUCUGGAAGCGCUGAAGCAGGAUAAGGCUAUUCAGGUUGCGGGACUCGGGACCUUUGCUGUUCUCCAAGAGCAAUUCUACGUCAAGCAAAAGCGGCUCCUGAUUCGCAAACCGUUCUUCCAGCUGGACAUUGAUGAGGGGUGGCUGGAGUACAUGUACUGUCCCCCUGAGAUCCUCCCUGAUGACGUCGAGGUCGAGCCGCUGAACUACCUGCAGCUAGCGCAAGCCACCUCCUUCCCACUGUACGUGGUGCAGGAGUGUGUGCAAGAGACCAUCAUCUUGUACUGUUGCCUCCUGAAGAACAAGGAGCACGUCCCCUUUGCAUUCAGGGACAUCGGUGUUUUGACGUGCGAGGAUGACUUCCUGUGCAUGAAGUUUUAUCCGGACUGUGUUAAACGUCUGGAGAGCUCUGAGGACCUCAUUGCAAUGCUCCACAGUAGAAUGUGGCCGGCACACCCGACUGCCUUGAGUGGAGAGACCACCGCUCGUGCGAUCCAGAUGUUCCCAAGGUUUCAUCUGACUGUGAGGACAAGGCCAGAGGCCAAAGUGCAGUUCACCUCGCAGCAGCAAGCUGCAGGAGAGUGCAGGAUGAGAGGAGUUUCAUUGUGCCAUCCUGGCAAGCUGCUGGAGAGGCGGAAGCUUUCCCGCCCACGGUGA